AUGGCAGACUUUCAAUUAGCCUACGCGUACUCCCAAUUCAAGGAAGAGCGGUCCGCAUGGCGGGCAGUCAUUCAUCUCAACCUCGUCCGCUCCGUCAACACCAUCCUAGACGUCCUAGGGUGGGCGCUCUCACGAUCUAGCUCUCAGUCGCAAUCGCCCCGGUCGUCGUCUCCGACGAGGUCUCCCCGGCCUUCGGUCGCACGGCCGAGUACAUCGACGACCGUUUCUGCUAACAGAGGAGCCUCCAGCACGCUCACUGGCACAACACUCAGUUCUGGCGACAUGCUCAUCCAGGACGAUCUCGACGGAGAAGACGACCUCGACGACGACGAGCCCUUCAACUGGUCCUCACCAUCGCCGCUCUCUGACAGACACCGCCUGCUCCAGCUCCGACUAGCGCCCCUGCGACAGGUGCAACGCGACCUGGAGCGCAGCCUCGGCGCAGCCACGACGGAGGCGCAGGAGUACGCAGGGACGGCUGCGCCGUGGGAGCGCUGCGAUGGUGCGGGACGCCGCCCGCGCGAGUUCUCCGUCACCAGCCGCACCGGGUGGAAGACUGCGCUGCGGCGUGUGAAGUCGGGGUACAACGCUGCACGGAGAGGGUCGUUCGGCUCCCGCGAGGAGGGGAAAACUGACCUCAAUUAUGUCGAAGGUGAAGGCGAGCCGCAGGCGCAGACCGCCGCCGAGAUCAUCGCCUCAUGCGCUGAAGACAUGGCUGCACUCUGGGCUGACGCGGGAGUACAAGCUGUCUUGACGCAGCGUAAGAUGAAGACGCGCCUUGAGGAGGGACCAGGGUUCUUUUUGAAUGACGUCGUGCGCGUCGCUGCAAGGGAUUACGAGCCGUCGGACGAAGAUGUGGUCCGCGCGCGACUACGGACGAUGGGAGUACAGGAAUACCGGUUUAGGAAAGGUGCGUGCCGCCUUGAUGCAGACAGAGAGUGGAUGCUUUACGACGUCGGCGGUGCGCGAUCAUUGCGGAACGCGUGGUACCCAUACUUCGACGACAUCAACGCCCUCAUCUUCCUUGCUCCUAUCAGCUGCUUCGACGAGCGACUCGCAGAGGACCGACGUGUGAACCGUCUCCAGGACAGCCUCCUCAUCUGGAAGGCUGUCUGCUCUUCGACACUGCUUGCGAAGGUGCAAUUAAUACUGUUCCUGAAUAAAUGCGAUCUUCUUGAAAAGAAGAUCCAGCGCGGCGUUCAAGUCUCGCAGUACGUCACGAGCUAUGGUACCCGGCCAAAUGAGGCCAAAGCAGUUGCCAAGUACUUCCGGCAGCAGUUCAAGGACGUCUUUCUCAAACACUCGCCCGAGAAAAGGACAUUCUAUUCUUAUCUGACUUCGGUCGUCGUAUGUCGCUUUGCCUUGAGAGGCGUACUCAAACUAACCUUCAUCGGACAACUUCAAUAG